AUGCACCAGGCAUCCACGGAAUUUAGGAGGAAACAGGGAGAUGUCUCGGUCCCCAACACAAUUCUGGCACCCCAGACCCCCAUCUUCCCAGCCGCCCGCACUGCAAUCGCCCACCCUAAGCUCCCGUGCCCACCACCAGACCCCCUAUGUGGAGCGCGCGCCGUUCCCCCCAAAUCCAGCCUGCGCCCCCAGCUCGGGACAGCUUGCUUAACUCCGGACACUCGCCCAGGGCUUGCUGGACCACCGUGGCCGCUCUUCUUACCUCCAGCCUCCGGGAUCCCUUUCUUGCCUCCUCUCAGCACCCAGCUCCUAGCCAAGCGCGCUCCCACCCAUGCCCAUCCCACUUUCUCUACCUUGCCCGCUCUUCAGAGGCUCCCAGGUGGUGCCGUCCCCGGAGUAGUGACUGAAGGAGCCAAGGUGGCUCGGUCUCCCGGGGUGGGUUCUUUUGGAAACUCCCCUCCCUCUGGAAUUGGCGUCCUCCGGAGAGGGGACAGGGCUCCCACAAAGCUGUUUCCGGGGACGGUGGCUCCGGAAUGCCUUAAGGGGGACUUCAGACAAUCUUUUCUGGCUGACAGGAAGGGCAAUGGAAAUAAAAAAUCGACUUCAAAAGUAACCAUGCGGAUCCCAUAUAGCACUCGCUGGUGCUUAAUAUUCUUCAUCUUCAUGAAUUUUCCAACCCUUCUUUCCUCUGUUGAAUCCAAAAUCGCUGCUCCAAAAGCAGAGGACUCAUUUCUGGUCAGAUUAGGAAAAUGGAAAAUGCGGGUUGCAGAGGCCAAAUGCCUACACCGAAUGGAAAAACUACCCCCAUACCAAGGACAAGGUCUGUAUUGUGAUCGCAUGUGGGAUGGAUGGCUGUGCUGGGAUGACACACCGGCUGGGAAAACAGUCACUAAGCAAUGCCCAGAUUAUUUUCCCGACUUCGAUACAACAGAGGUGGCUGUAAAACACUGUGAAAUAAAUGGAACUUGGGAACUAACUGCCGACAUGAACGAAACCCUGACUAACUACAGUAUGUGUUACGCUUUCUCUGAUGAAAAAAUGAAGCAUGCAUACAUGAUGUUCUACUUGGCCGUUGUGGGACACUCUGUUUCUCUUCUCACCUUGACAAGUUCGCUGGGGGUUUUCCUGCGUUUCAGGAAUCUUGCCUGCCAACGGGUUACCAUGCAUAAGCACAUGUUUCUGACUUACAUUCUGAAUUCUAUUGGUGUCCUCGUCCACCUAACCCAAGUGGUCCCCAAAAUUGAGUACGUGAACUCGGAUCCGCUGAGCUGCAAGAUUCUGAAUUGUAUCAACCAUUACUUGAUGUUAUGCAAUUAUUUCUGGAUGCUCUGUGAAGGGAUCUAUCUGCACAAACUCCUUGUGGUGAACGUGUUCAAUGGGGAACAAAACAUGAAGUUGUAUUAUCUCUUGGGCUGGGGGUUCCCGGUGGUGCCAACUAUAACCCAUGCUCUUGCUAGGCUGAAGCACUUCAAUGACAGCUGCUGGAUGAGUGUGGAAACCUAUCUGGUUUACAUCAUCCACGGCCCUAUCAUGGCAGCACUGACGGUCAACUUCUUCUUUCUGCUCAACAUCCUCCGUGUGCUCGUGAAGAAGAUUAAGAAUGACCGUCAGCAUGACGGCAGACGGUAUCUGAAGGCAGUGAAGGCCACUCUGUUCCUGGUGCCCCUGCUGGGAAUCCAGUUUGUGAUCUUACCCUGGAGGCCUCACACCAAGAUUCCUGCCCGAGUCUAUGACUACGUGAUGCACUUUCUGAGUCAUUUCCAGGGAUUCUUCGUUUCGAUGAUUUACUGCUUCUACAACACCACCGUCCAAGAGGCCCUGACGCGCCGUCUGCAACUGUGCAAAAUCCGCUGGGAGCAGCGCAACGGAUACGCCAACCGCCGGCAGAAAUACAAUAUUAUGCUGGCAGCUCUGGCUGCAGCUGCGGCUGCAACCAAUGCCGAUCCUGGCGAUAUCCCCGUGUGCAUCUGCCACCGAGACCCGAGGAACCACGCGGCUGCCAACAACCUGGAGGGGAACAACAAUGACGCCCCAUACGAAGCCGAAGUCAACCUGGGCGAGGAGAUUCACGAGAUCAUCCCACUGGAAAUCUUAGAGCAGGAGUCGUGCGCUUAA